UCAUGGACAAAAUGAGUGAAUGCUGAGACACAGAUGCAUAUAGAAGAAGAAUCCACCAGGAACUCCAUGACAGCAGGAAACAGUUGAUUUUACAAAGAGAGCAGGUCUUAAGAGAGCCAACUCCUCUUCCGUUUCUUUUUUCUUUUUUUUUUUUAUUUUAUUUUGCAUCCUCUAGAAGCUGUACUGCACCAGUACAGAGCUGAAGUCAGACUGUGAAAGAAAAGUAAGGGGAAGAUAAUCCUUCUAGACAUUUCAGAGAAUUUGGCCAGCUUGGAAUUUUUCAACCUUCAAACAACUCGGAGUUCCUCAAGAGAUGAAAAUUGAUUGAAAGGAGGUUUCAGCAUGAAUUAUUACAUGUUGCUAUGUCUUGUGCUGACGCUGGUUCAGCUUUGGCCUUGCACUCCAAGCAUGCAGAAGCAAAGUACUAAAAACACAGAUCAGUCUUUCACAGCAGUUCGAAGAGUGAAACGUGGCUGGGUAUGGGAGCCACUUUUUGCGACUGAGGAACAGACUUCAACGACGCCUUUAUACGUUGGACAGCUGAAAUCUGAUUUAGACAAGCAAGAUGGCAGCCUACAAUACAUUUUGACUGGGGAGGGAGCUGGAAGCAUUUUUAGCAUUGAUGAAUAUAGUGGUAAAAUUUCAGUGAUGCAGAAACUGGAUAGAGAAAAGAAAUCCUUCUACACUCUAAGAGCACAAGCAAUUAACAGAAACACUCACCUUCCUGUUGAACCUGAGUCGGAAUUUAUCAUCAAGGUUCGAGAUAUCAACGAUCAUGAACCACAGUUCUUGGAUGGACCAUAUGUGGCUACCGUUCCAGAGAUGUCCCCUGAAGGUACAUCUGUUACACAGGUAACAGCGACAGAUGAUGAUGAUCCUUCUUAUGGGAAUAGUGCACGUCUGCUUUACAGUCUUAUUCAGGGACAGCCUUAUUUCUCUGUGGAACCAAAGACAGGUGUUAUCAGAAUGUCUUCCCAAAUGGAUAGAGAAACAAAGGAUCAGUACUUGGUCAUCAUCCAAGCCAAAGAUAUGGUUGGACAAGCAGGGGCUUUUUCAGCAACAGCCACUGUUACCAUCAACCUCUCUGACAUCAAUGACAAUGCACCUAAAUUUCAACAGCGGCUCUACUAUAUGAGCGUCUCUGAAGAAGCUCCUGUGGGCACUACCGUAGGCAGAGUCAUGGCAGAAGACAGCGACACAGGGGAGAAUGCAGCCAUGAACUAUUUCAUUGAAGGAGAUAGCACAGAUUUUUUUGACAUCAUUACUGAUAAUGAGACUCAAGAAGGAAUUAUUUUAUUAAAAAAGAGGGUGGAUUAUGAGAGCCAGAGAAGAUACAGUGUUCAAGCAAGAGUUGUCAACAGGUAUAUUGAUGAACGUUUUCUGGAAGAAGGACCAUUUGAAGACACAACCAUUGUCAAAAUCAAUGUGAAAGAUGCUGAUGAACCUCCAGUUUUCACCUUGGAGAACUAUGUGAUGGAGAUUGCUGAAGGGGCUGAGAGUGGCUCAUUGGUAGGGGUUGUAACUGCUAGAGAUCCAGACAAUGAUGACAGCCCAGUCAGGUAUUCUAUUGUCCAUGGCAUGUAUUUAAAGAGGUUGUUCAGCAUCAAUGAACACAAUGGAACAAUCAUUACGACUAAACCUCUGGACCGAGAGAUAGCUGCUUGGCACAACAUAACUGUUACAGCCACAGAAACAAGAAAUCCAGAAAAGAUUUCAGAAGCAAAUGUGUACAUCCAAGUUCUCAAUGUUAAUGACCAUGCACCAGAAUUCCCUAAAUACUAUGAAACAUUUGUAUGUGAAAAUGCAUUUUCUGGCCAGCUAAUUCAGAACAUAAGUGCAGUGGAUCAAGAUGAUUCAGUAGAAGGUCAUCAUUUUUUCUUCUCCUUGGCUGAGGAGGCCACAAACAACUCACAUUUUAUUGUCAAAGAUAAUCAAGAUAACACUGCUGGAAUUUUCACAGCAAAAUAUGGCUUCAGCAGACAAGAGCAGCUUUCUUUCUACCUGCCAAUCUUAAUUCUGGAUAAUGGAACCCCACCACUUACAAGCACAAACACUCUAACUAUCACUGUCUGUGACUGUGACAUUGAAGUUAACAUCUUCUUUUGUCGAUAUGGAGCUUUCAUGUAUUCCAUGGGUCUGCGUACAGAAGCUUUAGUUGCUGUUUUGGCUUGCGUACUAAUUCUCCUAGUUUUCAUUUUGGCAAUUGUAGCCAUAAGGCAGCAGCAGCAGAAGUCUCUGUUUUCGGAGAAAAUGGAAGAAUUCAGAGAGAACAUUGUCAGGUAUGAUGAUGAAGGAGGUGGAGAGGAGGACACAGAAGCUUUUGAUAUUUCAGCACUGAGGACCGGUACUGUCAUGAGGAUGCACAAACCUCGAAAGACCGUCACCACAGAAAUCCACAGCCUCUACAGACAGUCUCUGCAGGUUGGACCCGACAGUGCAGUGUUCAGGCAAUUCAUUUUAGAAAAGCUUGAAGAAGCUAAUACUGAUCCUAGUGCUCCUCCAUACGACUCACUUCAAACAUAUGCUUUUGAGGGGACUGGCUCUUUGGCUGGAUCCCUCAGCUCUUUAGGCUCAAACAUGUCAGAUAUGGAGCAGAAUUAUGAGUACCUUACAGACUGGGGACCUCAAUUUAAACAGCUUGCAAGCAUGUAUGCUUCCCAUAGCAGUGUGAGGGAUUAGUUAUUUUGUUUUUAUUUUAUUUUUUUAUUAUCUUUUUUAUUUUUUUCGAGUGCUUAGCAACCAAAACCAACUCUGGAUUUUUAAACACAGAUCAGGCCACAUUUAAGCACCAAAAUAAAUUUUUUCUUCUAGAAACUGUUGGAUGUGGACGUCUUUUGGAAAAUCAUGCCCGGAGUGUCAUGAGCUGAGGGAUGGGCACUUCCCAUUUUGAAAAUCUAGUUGUUAUUUAGGUGCCUGAACACAAACUGUGCUUCUUUGAAAAUCUAGGCCCAGUUCUGGGUGUUGAAAAUCUGGAUCCUGCAAGUACAACAAGAGGACUAGAAGCCAUAAAUGAAUAUUGUAAAUAUUUUAUCAUCUGUAAGCUUUAAACUAUUUCCAAAGUUAAGACAGACUUUUGCUGUUGAAUAUAUUAAUUUAACCAAAGUUAAAACAUGCAUAUUUGUAUAAUGCUUCAUUAUAUAAAUAUACUUAUGUGAAAAAAUAGACCUUAGACAUUCUAAAACAAUUGCCAGAAGGACUUACAGAAUUAUCUAUUUAUUUUUCUUAGAAUGAUAAAGCAUUUUUUCUUAUCAAUGUAAAAAUAAAGACCUAUUACAACAUCA